AUGGCAGAUGUUAAGAACAAGGCCGUUCUCAUCGUUAUCGAUGGAUGGGGUAUCCCCACCAGCGAGGGCCAACCAGGAGACGCCAUCGGCCAGGCAGUUACUCCAAAUAUGGACAAAUACUACCAAGACAAGCCAGGCUUCACCGAAUUAGAUGCUAGCUCGACGGCUGUCGGUCUACCCGAGGGCCUUAUGGGAAACAGUGAAGUUGGACAUUUGAACAUUGGUGCCGGUAGAGUUGUCUGGCAGGACGUCGUCAAGAUCGACCAUAGCAUCAAGCAAGGCGAAUUCCCUAAGACGGAACAAAUUGUAAACGUCUUCGACAAGGCCAUCAACGGCAAUGGUCGUCUUCACUUCCUCGGUCUCGUCUCGGACGGCGGCGUCCAUUCUAAGCAAGAGCAUCUCUUUGAACUCAUCAAAGCAGCAAAGGUUAAGGGUGUUCCUGAGGUAUAUAUUCACAUGUUCGGAGACGGACGUGAUACCGACCCCAAGAGUGGUGCUGGGUACCUAGAGACCUUGUUGGGAGUAAUUAAGGAUACCGGACUCGGCAAGAUUGGAACCGUUGUCGGCAGAUACUAUGCCAUGGAUCGAGAUAAGAGAUGGGAAAGACUGAAUAUCGCUCUUGAUGGAUUGGUUAAUGGCAAGGGAGAGACUAGCGAGGAUCCAGUUGCUACUAUCAGGUCGAGAUAUGAGAAAAAUGAGACCGAUGAGUUCUUGAAGCCAAUUAUUGUCAACGGCGACGAGGCUCGUAUCAAGGAUAACGAUACCCUCUUCUUCUUCAACUACCGAUCCGAUCGUGUUCGUGAAAUCACCCAGCUUUUGGGUGUCGAUAACUCCCCACUCCCAGACUUCAACUACCCUAAGGAUAUCUCUAUUACCACCAUGACACGCUAUAAGGGAGACUACCCCUUCCCAGUUGCUUUCCCACCUCAGCGCAUGGGUGAUGUUCUCGCUGAGUGGCUCAGCAAGAAGGGUGUUCCCCAGUGCCACGUUGCUGAGACUGAGAAAUACGCCCACGUUACAUUCUUCUUCAACGGUGGUGUCGAAAUCCAAUUCGAGGGUGAAGACCGCGAACUCGUCUCAUCUCCCAAAGUCGCCACAUAUGAUCUCAAACCCGAGAUGUCUGCCCAAGAAGUCGCAGACCGUCUUGCCGAAAAGAUCGCAGAAGGGAAAUACCCAUUCCUUAUGAACAACUUUGCCCCGCCAGAUAUGGUUGGCCAUACUGGUGUCCUUGAUGCAGCUAUCGAAGCUGUCACCCAUACCGACCGUGCUAUCGGAACUGUCUUCGAGGCUUGCAAGGCUCACGGAUACACUCUAUUCAUCACCGCCGAUCACGGAAACGCUGAGGAGAUGUUGAACGAGGAGGGUAAGCCGAAGACGUCGCAUACCACCAACCGAGUACCAUUCAUUAUGACAAACAGACCCGAUGGGUACGGACUCAACGGCAGCAUUGGUGUUUUGGGCGAUGUUGCUCCCACGAUCUUGGAGUUCAUGGGGUUGGAUAUUCCUGAGGAUAUGACAGGGAAGAGCUUGUUGAAGAAGGAUUAA